AUGUUAUCAGCCUCUUCAUCCACCCCCAGGCGUGGCACGCAGCGGAGCUCUCACCUACGAGAAGUGAGCAACGGCAGCCCAGAGGCCACCGUCCUGAGUCGCCCACUGACAGCCACGUCCGACACGGGCACGGUCCAGCAUGAUCCUGUUCCCGUGACUGUCAAGACGGCGGUGGAAAGGAGAUGUACGCUCUGGGUCCAUGAUGAGGGGUUCUCGAGAGAGGAGGUGGUCCUCAACCUGGACUUAUUUACCGAUGUCAAGCCUGGAGAGCUAAUGGCAAUCAUGGCACUGAAGACAGACUCUGUAGUUCGGGACUUCCAGGAUAAAACGCAAUCAUUCAAGAGGGAUUCGGUUGCAUUGGGAGCGCCCAUGCAACGGGAACGCAGCGCUUCCAACCCAAGAAGUCCGGCCAGCGGCAAAGAUGCCAAACACGACGUGGAUCGAUGGAAGCGUUAUUUGUUUAUAGCCAAAGAUAUUUCAAGAGAGAUGAAGGCAAAACAUCAAGGACUUGAAGUGUCUGUAACCAAAUACAUUGCCGAUGCGUUUGGUUUGAAGCACCGGUCCAAUGUUAUAUUGACUACGACCGAUCAGGACGAGAACUCUGCAUCUCAUGUUGAGUUGUCUUUCAAGGACGAAUACCUGGCCCGGUCUGAUAUGUGGCGGCUGACGGUUGCCGAACUAAGCAACAAAACCGUCUUUAAGAGCCAGAAAAUCCUGUUCAUGGGCACGAUAAAAGCUCAAGUGACUGCUGUCUAUGUGGAUGGUCGCAAAGUCCAGUCUGCUUUUUUCUCCACAACUUCCAAACCCAUAUUUCGAAGCGAAUCUGCUCGCUACGUUCUGUUCAUUCAAAUGUCAAAGGAGAUGUGGGAUUUCGACUCGGAAGGGUCAGGCGAGAUUAUGUUUAACAAAGUCGUCAAUGGCUUCCUUCCUGCACUUUUCAAGAAAUGGGCAUCAUUGAAGGCGAAGCAUCUUGUCAGCAUUGUACUUUUCACGAGAAUGGAAUACGAUACGGGGAUAGCUUCCGAACUGGCUACAAGUGCGCAUGAUAGCUCCUAUCAUACAGGUGUUCAAAUCGACGCCAACAAGAAACCUUACAAAGACUUUUACAGAGUCGUUGUCAGUGAGAUGGCAAGCGGUUCUUGGACCACCAUUUUAUAUCAGUUGAAGCGAGAGUUCAAAUUUUUCCGCAAAGAUAUCUCUAUGCAUCGCAUCAAUAUUGUAAAUGCUUUAGAAGCAUCUGGAGAAACCAAUACGGGAGGUGUUCUCGGCACCCGUAUUGAAGCCAACCCAUCCUUGGCGAUGCACGGAAAUGUUCUUGAGGCAAUCAAUCUGGCAUCUCGGCAAUUUUCCCACGACUACAUUGAUAGAGAUCUCAUGAGAACAGGCAUUUCCAUUGUUGUUAUCACUCCGUGUCCUGGCCUAUUUGAAGUCGACUACGAAACUUUGAGACUGACAACCGAGAAUCUCAUUGGAAACGGUAUCGGCAUCGAUCUUGUAUGCCUUCCAAAAAUGCCCCUACAUUCAGUUCCGCUAUUCAGGUACCGGAACCCUCUGUAUGCAGCUUUUCAGGAGGCUAUACACUUCAAGGCUCUUCGUAGCGAAGAAAGUACUCCUCGCCAAAAUGCGUCCAUGUUUGGGAGCAGUUUUUCUUCCUUGAAUGAGUCCGUAUCACCAUCAAAAUCGACGGCGAUACAACAAGAGCGGCAGGCCCGCUCGGGAUCGGUCGCUUCAUUCCAGCCUCCCAGUGAAUGGUCAUAUGCCAUACCUCAUUGGCUUGAUGUUUCCUUUUGGACGGGGGCGUCGCAAGAUAUUCACAUCGCAAAUCCACUCGCCAAACCGCACAAAAGGCUCUUCAAAACUUCCCCCGUUGAACGAGCUUCCGAUUUUGAGGUUCGGUGUAAGAUGUAUGAGAUGGAAAUGGCAAGCGUCAUGGAGAACGCGAUGACAGAAAUCGCGGUAACGCCUCUGCAGCUUGAUGCAUUAUUCCCACAGAUGAUCCUAGGACCUCGAGAGACCCCGGGGAAGAAAUUGGCACCGGAUACUCUCUCGGCGAAGAUCAAACGGGAGAAGACAUAUGGAGGUCUUUCGGAGGUCAUCAACGGUCCUUUGAAGCCACUCACAGACAAGCAUUCUCCUUCUGAGAACGAGAGGUUCUUUCGAGCCCUUGAGGUCUUUGACAUCAUGAGAUCACAGAUUUCAGAAGACUUUUCUGGAGGUCGACACAAUAUUGAAGGGAAAAAAUACUUCAAACCCAGUAGCGAGGAAGCAGUAAAAAAACCCCUAGCAGAAGAUCCCAAGGUAUUCGGUACUUCAUCUAGCGAUGAACAUGGAACUCUGAAGGGGACGGGCUUUCUAUCUGUAUCACCAGCUGGAAAGAGUACCCUCGAGUCCAAGCAUACCGAGUACGUAACGAGGCCUCGCAAAGAGAGCGUUGUGAGCACCAUGACCAAUACCUCGACACGUACUUCUCCGGUCAGGCCAGUCAGAUCUGUUCGCCAGAUCAGCCUCGGCAAGUAUGGGUUUGGUAUUGCGGCUCCGAAAGCUGCGACUGCUGAGAUCCAAAUUGAGCAUGCAAAGGCAGCAAAGCCGGUGUCCGGGACAGCAAAAAACACUGGGUCAAUGAUGAAUGGAAGCGCUGAAAUGGCCAACCGUUUCCUUGUUACGGCAUCGUCACAUGGUAUCAAUAGACCACCUUCUUCUCAAAGUAACCGGUCGAAGAAGAGCCUAGAAUCAUUGUCUACCGAGAGAAAAGCAGUUCCUGAGAAAGCUGAUGCAGAUAAAAGUUCGUCUUCACGUCCCAUAACUAUCAAAAGCGCUCUCCAGUCCCUGGAUCAGACCAAUCAGCUCAAGUCUCGAUCAGUAUUGGGAUCUUUGUAUGAAGCAGAGAGUCGGCGGACCGAUGAUCGACUCCUGCAGUCGGCUAGGCAAGACGACAACCAAAAGCUUUUCAACUCCAAAUUGCUCGCUGGGGCGGUUCCUGAACUGCCAGCCACCCUCUCGCCUACAAGAGCCUUGUCACCAUGGUUGACUGUACUAAAUCCUUCAAAUCCUUCGGAAAAUAGCUCCUUAGGACCAACUCCUUAUACGAGAUGGCAACACGUGUUUCCCAGGCCAGUGCUUACAAAAACGAUGAAAUGGAAAUCUCUUUGCUCUCCUGCAUCGGUCCCGUUGACUACGGAAUACUUCCCAACGAAGCAUCAACUAGACACGGAAUACCAACAGAAACCAUAUAACAUUGCUCAAAAUCUCGAAGAAGAUUUAAAUGAAAUUUCUAAAGACAGGGAAGAGCUUCUUCGAGAACUCAUUGGGCUACGACUGUCCCACGGGUUUCAGAUCGUCGUAGGCCCUGGUGUUGCUCAAGCAUUUGGGCAGAAAUCCAUGCGAAUUGCGAACGUGUUCGAGCCCGCGCGCAUUGCAGAAGAUGGUGCAAGUGUAUUCAUGUCGAUGGGAAGCAUUAUCCAUCAAUUAUCAUGUGUCAACGAGACGGAGGUCGAGAUUAAUACAUUUAUACGCAAGCCCACGGCGGCGACGUCUGCUAGGCCUGGAGCGGUGAUUCCUUCAGCUUACAACCCAGCAAUCCGCACAGCACUGGCUCGAGAUUAUGAUUCACGACUCGUCGUACUUGGCAAGCCAAAAGACGAGUACAAUUGGAACUAUGUGGACGCUUUCAUUGCUGGCCUCGCAGAGGAGAUGUCAGAGAAUCUACGAUUCUGGCGUGCUCGAUUUGUACUGAUCCCUGCGGAGCGGCCUACACAGACCCAGAUGCGUCAGGGAGAAGAUAACGAAGAAGAAAUUCGCCUCGAGGGGAUCAAGAAGAUCACUCUGAUGUGGCAGAAACACAGAGUUUUGACCGCAUCGGAAAGGCGAUUCCAGAGCGUAGGCUCUCAGAAGCUGAAGGGUCCAAACCCCCUCGACAUUGUAUAUAAAACAGAGGACCCCUCUGUUGUCGUCACGGCGGAACUCGAGACCUUGCCACUGGUCGAAGCUGGUGAUCCCAAUCUGCGACGAGGAAAAUUGCUUGAGACCGAGCGAUUCCGCAAGUCUAAACUUGACAUAGCCGGGCUAGCUGAAGCUAUCCAAAGACCUGUUGAAAGAGGAGGAGUUCGGAUGCAGAAUCGCCGGUGGCAUUUCCGUCUUCAUUACAACUGCUUUAUAGGCUCUGACAUGACGACCUGGCUUAUGGAGAAUUUCGAAGAUAUCGAUACGAGAGAGGAAGCUGUGGAGCUGGGAAACUUGCUAAUGGCAAACGAUGAGCUUCAGAAGAUCAGGGAGGGCGAGGUAAACAAGGAUACUGGCAAGGACAAGGACAAAGAUAUGGGAAUAUUUGUCCAUGUUGAGAAACGCCACCCGUUCCGAGAUGGUCAGUUCUUCUACCAGGUAACCGGAGAGUUUGCGAAGCAACGUCCUGAGAGCGGCAGAGGAUGGUUUGCUACGAAGAGACGAGAUCCAUCCAUCCCAACUACGCCCAUUACCGAAAGCAUGCCUAGAGAUCCUCCGAGGCCAGAGCGAUCCAGAUCAGGUUCAAAUCACGAUGAUAUGUCAAAUGAUUCGGGGGCGACAACGCCUCCCGCUGCGGGCGGCAUUGGAACGGGAAAGAGGCCCAAAGUUGCUCUGAGCAAGGUGAUGAAGUACGAUGUCGAUCACCGCAAGCGCUCAUAUCGGCCAGAGAUAAUACAUUUGCACUACGACAGACUUCACAACCCCGACAAUUGUUACCACAUACGCAUUGAAUGGAUGGGAGUUACAGCGAAACUAAUCGAGGAUGCUCUAGGCUCGUGGGCUUCAACAGCAGAACGUUAUGGUCUCAGGCUUGUCGAGGCACCAAUUGGGGAGGUUUGCUCGAUAACAGCUAUGCAUCCAUUCCGAAGCCCAUACAUCAUCAAGCUUGCCGCUCAGCCUCCAAAUCAACAACCAAGAACAUACUUUGACGUGAACUCAUUCGGACCCCAAGUCCAGACUUGUCAAGGAAACCGACAAUGUUACCAAAAGGCCAUUAUGAAGAAAUUCAACUUCGUCCUCGACACUGAAGCCGCAAAGAACUUCCCCAGCAAUGUCGACGUCACCUACUCUUGGGGCAAGCCCAAUUUCAAGUACACGCAAUAUAUCCACCGCUCGGGCGUCGUCCUCGCCCAGAUCACCGACGAUGGAAACUUCCUCCUCCUCGCCAACCGCCUUUAUAACAACCGUACAAUGGCGUCGCGCGAGCCGGACCGGUAUGUCAAGAGCGGGCUUCAUGCAGAAAACAACAGCACGCGCAUGGUCUCCUCUCUGCACGGACACGGCGGAUACAUGUCUGACAAGCUUACUCCUGUCAAUUCUCCUAUGCUCCGUUCAACCUUUACUACGACUACUACCAUGGGCUCUCCCCUCCUGCGAGCUACUUCUGACGUGCUGGGACCCGGCCCACCCGGUUCCAAGCUCGCCAAUCCUGCGACGCCGGAUUCAAUCAGGUACGAGCUCGAGGCGUUCUGUCACAAUACGGCUGCGUUGGAGGCUUUUUAUAAAGAGGUUCUCGAGAAGGCGACGCCGCCCAGCGCGACGCCUCCUGCAUAUCCGAAGAGCCCAUUUAUGCAGAGCGUAUUGGAUGCGAAUAUUCCGACGCUGGGCCUGCCGCCGGGAUUGCUGGCGAGGGAUUCGAGCCCGAGCCCGAUGCGGUUGAGUAGUCUGACAAGUAUGUCGAUGCCGCCGUCUUGUGGCAGGCGGCAGAGUGUGCAGUUUGGGAUUAGCGGUGCGUCAGCUGGGGAUCAUCCAAGGCAGGAGAGUCCGGGGGGGUCGAUCGCUGAGGAUCGUUAG